AUGAGUGGCAUUGACGCCAAACUGUCAUGUUCUACUCAGAAUCAAGUAGCAAGCAUCUAUAUCAACAACAUUGCACAACGCCUCAUCAAUAUACUUAUUCCCAAUAGAAAAGGAAACCCGGCAGAUAUCUGUGAAAUUCCACAAGAGAUGAGUAACCUUCUUCAUUUGGAGAUAUUAGUAACGGAGGAUGUAGGUUUCACUGGUCUCAUUCCAUCUUCCAUCUUUAAUAUCACUUCUUUGCAAGGGCUUUAUCUUUCUGGAAAUAGAUUUUCAGGUGUGAUACCGAAAGAGAUUGGCAACCUUCAUAAGUUGGAGAUAAUAUCAUUGAAUUUUAAUAGCUUAAGAGGACGAGUCCCAGCAAUGAUGUUCAACAUCUCAACACUACGUGGGAUCUCACUUGCUGGCAAUCACUUUUCAGGCAAUGUACCAUCAAGCAUAGGCCAGACUCUACCCAAUCUUGAAGGACUUUUUCUUGCAAGUAAUACCUUCACUGGAACUAUCCUUGAUUCUAUCUCAAAUGCUUCGAAACUCACUACUAUAGAUGUUGCCAACAAUAGGUUCACCAGUCCUAUUCCCAGCUCCCUUGGUAAUUUAGGACGACUCAUAUUUUUGAAUCUCAGGGGAAACAACUUCAUUGCUGAAUCAUCAUCUCUAGAAUUGAGUUUCCUCACUUCUUUAACCAACUGCAAACAUUUAAAAGCAUUGCGACUAAGUGAAAAUCCUCUAAACAGAAUUCUUCCGGUCUCCAUUGGUUCUCUCUCUGAUUCUCUGGAAAUAUUUCGUUUAGAUGAUUGUGGAAUAAAGGGCAAUAUUCCGAGUGAGAUUGGUAAUUUAAGCAGCCUGUUGUCGUUGUUUCUAAGUGGCAACAACUUAACCGGGCGUAUUCCAACGACCAUCAAAGGGUUGAGCAAGCUACAACAACUGCAUUUUUAUGACAACAGAAUAGAUGGAACCAUUCCUGAGGAGCUCUGCCAUUUACUGAACUUGGGUGAGCUACGUUUGAGUGAAAAUAGAUUGUUUGGAACGAUACCGGAAUGCUUAGUAAAUAUUACUUCCUUGAGAUACCUAUAUUUGGACUCCAACGGAUUUAAUUCCGGCAUACCUACAACCAUUUGGAAACUCAAAGAUCUUUUGCAGUUCAAUCUGUCCUCUAAUUCUUUGAGUGGGAAUCUACCCCAAGAGAUUGGAGGUUUAAAAGUAGCAACAGAAAUUGAUCUGUCAAUGAAUAAAUUCACUGGUGAUAUUCCUACAACCAUUGGUGGUUUGAAAGACUUGAUUAGUCUUUCCCUUGCACAUAAUAGGCUGCAAGGAUCAAUUCCUGAGGCAUUUGGAAACUUGGUAAGCUUGGAAUCCUUGGAUAUAUCCCAAAACAACCUAUCCGGUCCGAUUCCUGAAUCGUUGGAGUCACUCUUGUAUCUUAAACAUUUCAAUGCGUCUUUCAAUAGACUAAGAGGAGAAAUUCCGACUGGUGGACCUUUUGUGAAUUUCACGAGUCAAUCUUUUAUGUCGAAUGAAGCAUUGUGUGGUGCUCCUCGGUUCCAAGUCCGGCUAUGUGAUAAUAAGUCUCUUCACAAAUCGAAGGUAAACAAAAUGUUAUAUAUUUUGUUGCCAAUCGCAUUAAUAGUUCUUGCCUCAGCAAUUCUAUUAUUAAUGUGCCUAAAAAGUCGAUGGAGGAGAAAUAAAAAUCCAAUUCAACCUGAAUCGAUAGCCGCAGUUACGCUUGAAAGAAUUGCACACCAUGAACUUGUACGAGCAACAAAUGGGUUUAGCGAAAGCAAUUUACUUGGAACGGGGAGUUAUGGUUCAGUUUACCAAGGUACACUAACAGAUGGGACGGUUUUGGCUGCAAAGGUCUUCAAUCUGCAACAAGAAACUGCUUUCAAGAGUUUUGACACAGAAUGCGAAAUAUUACGCAACAUUCGCCACCGGAAUCUCACCAAAGUAAUUAGCAGUUGCUCUAACCUUGAUUUCAGGGCCUUGAUACUGGAGUACAUGCCUAAUGGGAACCUUGAAAAGUGGUUGUAUUCACACAAUUACUUGUUGGAUAUCUUGCAAAGAUUAGACAUACUGAUAGACGUGGCGUGUGCAUUAGACUAUCUCCACCAUGGUUACUCUACACGUGUGGUUCACUGUGACCUCAAACCCUGCAAUGUCCUACUAGAUGAAGAGAUGGUUGCACACGUGAGUGACUUUGGCAUCGCAAAGUUCUUAGAACAAGGGGAUAGCAUUGCACUAACCAAGACUCUAGCCACAAUUGGGUAUAUUGCACCAGAGUACGGAUUGGAAGGAUUAGUAUCAACAAGGUGUGACGUUUACAGUUAUGGUAUUAUGUUGAUGGAAACAUUUACAAGACGAAAACCCAUUGAUGAUUUAUUUGUUGAGGAUCUAAGCCUCAAGGGUUGGGUAAAUCAGUCACUACCCGAUGCAAUUAUUCAGGUUGUAGAUUCCAACUUGCUCAGGCCAGAGGAAGAACACUACACUGCAAAGGUGAAGUGUGUAUCAUCCAUCAUGGAAUUGGCUUUGAAUUGCUCUGCCGAAUCACCCCAGGAGAGGAUCAACAUGAAAGAUGCUCUAGUAGCACUCAAGAAGAUCAAACUUCAAUUUAUCAAAAACUGUGAGUGA